AGAACCAAAGUUUCCGAGCCGUUCGCGAAUGCAACAACGAAACAAAAACAAGGGGACGGAGUCUCGGUCACAUGUGGCUCGUCCGGCAGCGGCAGCAGCUUCAUCAGAGGUAGGAAGCGGCGACCAGUGCCCAGGAUCAGCUUCCUCCCCCGAGGGUCCAGUCUCCGGUCGGCCCGGUCCACCUAUGGUUCUCCUCCGGCACAUCUCCAUCGCCCUGACCGCCGCCGUGGCUGCCCUGGGCUCCGCGCUCUUCAUCGCCCUUAACUACUUCUACAAGAGGCGGAUAUGGUCACCGCAGGCGGAGUACAGCACCAUCAAGGAGGAAGAGGAAGAGCGUGGGAAGCGCCAGGUCCUGGUCCUUGGGUUGGACGGAGCCGGGAAGAGCAGCAUGUUGCAGGGUUUGACCCCCGGGCAGUCGGCAGCUAAGAGAGGCCGAUGCCGACCCACCCGCGGCUUCAACUUCAUGAGCCUCAACGCUCCCGCCUGUCAGCUGGACUUCCUGGAGAUUGGUGGUGGCGAGGAUCUGCGGCGUUACUGGUCCGAAUACCUGAGGAGGACUCACGUUCUGGUGUACGUGGUGGACUCUUCCGACGCGAGUCGCUUCCCGUUGGCCAGGGAUGAACUGCACCGACUCCUGAGGGUAGAGCCCCAGCUGCCUGUGGUCGUACUGGGAAACAAGCAGGAUAAACCUGAUGCUGUGAGCGUGCCGGAGCUCCAUGAAGCCUUGUCUCUGGGCUCCUUGAAUGAGGACAGGAAGCUGUUCCUCUUGGCUGCCCAGCUGGACUCUGACGGAGCACUGAGGAAGUCCCGCCAGGACCUGAACACCGUCCAGGACCUACUGCUCCAGCUCGUCUAAUCUCACGCCUCCCGGCACAGAGCACGGGUGGGAAGCAAAGGGAUGGCUUAAGGACAUCCCCCUCCUUCUUUCAUGUAGCUGGCAGAGAAGGAGGAGGUGGCAAAGCCUGCAGGACAGAGGAGGUGCAAACACAUCAGUUAUAGAAAUAGAAUAUUCAACCUCUUCCUAAUCUCAAUAUAUCACCAAAGAAGAGGAGGCGCAGAUCAAGGAAGACAGAAGGAAGAUGGAGUCCGUGACUCAGAGCUAAAGUUCACCUCCUGUUGGUGACUCAGACUUUUGUCCUAAAGUGUGACAGAUUUAUUUAAGCAUGUAGUUUAUACUGUGUAGAUUAUCCGGUUUGUAGUUGUCUGGUUUCGUGAAACGGUGUCUGUAUGUAUGAUCAUAUGAGAUCAGAUCAGUCGGUAGAGCAGAACAUUUGGUGUCGCUAGAUUGGAGCCCAGAUUGACCAGGGCGUUAUUUAGUUCACAGUCAUCCGGGUUAAAAAAAAGGGGGCACCUUGAUUUGUAGAGUUCCUUGAAGACGUUUAAUCCAAGUAGCUCCUUUGGUUCAAAUUGAUUGAUGAGGAGUUGAGGUUUUAAUUUCAAGGCUAUGCUAAUGACCAGCUAACAAUUGCAAAUAUGUAGCUGGUCGUUGGCAUACCCAAGACCCAACCCCAGCUCCCUACCAGUCUUUCAAAAAAAGACUGGGAUGAAACGUCUUGAAGAAACCCAACAAGUCCAGCUGACAUUGUUACAACUUUUUUCCUGAAUGUGUUAUUUCUUUUCUCACAACUUUCAACACAAAGAAAAACUUGUAGGUUACUCAUGCUUCUUCAAGACAAAACAGUUCCUCUUUGGUUAUAUUUUGAGUUUUGUACGGGCACAAUUGGACGUCAUUCAAAGAUUUUCUGUCAUUGAAGAAAAUUUUGGCAUCUUUUUACCAGUGGUGGAAUCAAGUAGCCUACUGUAUUGAAGUAUUGUUCUUUAAUAUUUAAAUUUUAUGCCAUUUCUUACUUUUACUUUACUACAUUUCAGUCAGCUCUAGGGAUGUCCAAAAUUGAUCAAAAGUGAUUCUCAAAGUUGGUACAUUAUCAAAAACUCUCUCUGAAAAAGUGGCUAAAACACAACGUUAGCAUCUGUUCAGCACUAGCUUACCAAGCUAAAUUAAAGUAGUAUCCUUAUUUUUAACAGUGGCGGAAUCAAGAAUUGAAAUUUUGACAUUUAUUUUUCUUGAAUAUUUAAAUUUGAUUUUAUUUUACACUUUUCCUUUGCUACAUUUUAGUAAAUGCUAAAAAAAAAAUGAGACUGAAAUUCCAUAGUUCUCUCUUAAAUUGUUACUAUGUCAAAAAAUGUAAUUGAUGUAUAUUAAUGUAAACUCUGUAGAAUCAUGACAUUAUGAGCUAAUGCUACAUUAGCUUUAACAAGGCAAUGGUAGCUUUUGUAAAAGUUGUUUAAUCAGUAAUAUUUCAGUUAUAUUUACAGCUAACAACUAAAAUCUGCACACAUCCAGAUUCCCGGUGUCUCAAGUUCGUCAUGUUUCGCACACAUUAGCUACAUUAGCUUUUUCCUUAACAUCUAGCUCCCAGCUAAGUGUCUCCAUCCAGGUCAUAGGAUCUGUUGUUAGAGCUGAACUGUUGUUGGUAUUGUCAUUUUUAUCUCCAGUAUCAGCGUGACCUUUGUUAUGUACGUUCCUAUAGAAUAACAACCAGUUAUGAGCACACAUGCUCAUCACAUGCCAACAAGACAUGUGGCCACCUAGCUUAACGACACAUAAUGUUUGAUCCAGGGUUUAAGGUUCAGCAAAUGGAAAAUAUGCAGACAGCUUUUGUGGAAUCUCUCUAGUGAAAGCAAAGUUAGCUUCAAUUAGCCACUAUCUACACUGGUGCUGGCAAAACCAUUAGCAUAGCAAUUAGCCUCUCAACGGCAACAAUGAAGAUGUCAUGUUGAAGAAAAAAACUGUCAACAUGCCAUUGUUGGUUUAGUCUUAAACUCAAGGACUGAUCUGAAAUACAUAAAUUUAAAUAUUUCAACAACAAAUAUGAACCUAAUCUACAUUUUAGCAUCUCUAUUUGCAUCAACGAUGAUUACUAUGACAACUAGAAACCUUUUGUGUGCCCCCUGAAGUAAACUAAAGCAUAUUCGUACAACACAAAAUAAAGUACAUUUUGCAAUCAAUAAACCAGAGGAAACAAGAAGAGGCAGAUAGUGAAGAAAAAUCGAACUCAUCCAUUGAUCUUUGUUGGUGUAAUUCAGGUUCGACCUCUUUUUAAACCAAUACACUCCCACAAUAUGAUACAAAGUAUUUCCUUGAAUGUAUAGGUGCAAUUUUUACCUGACUUUAAUGCUACAUGUACAGAUAAACUGGAACAAGCUGGAGUCAUAUUUUGUGUUGAGAAAUGUUCGCUGACAACGCACAGUUUUUACUAAUGAAUGUCAAGUUUUAUUCCUUUUGAUGUUGUUUUUCACUGCAGGCAGGAGUUCAGUGGGUGGUUGUUGUACGUACGCUGCUCUCUUUUUGUGCUCUCUUGUUUUUAUGUGUCAACCCAUGCAUGUUGUUUGUAGUUCUCUUUUAAAAAAAUUAAGCUUAAACAUUUGACAUGGCAAACAGGGUUAAGAAGUCUUAUUGUGUUGGUUUUUGUGCUUAACAGGGUGCAGAUAGCUUUAGAUUGUUUUCCCAUUAGCGUUUUCAAGUGAAAGGUACAUUUGAUGAAGUGCAAUGUUUAGGUGCAUCUGAAUUUGAUGCUGUUCCACUGUUCCCACUUUUGUCUUUUUCUGACACUGCAAACAUCUGUCAAUUAAAAAUUUGUUUUGCAAAUGUU